GAUUUUUGACCCGGGAUUUGUCUGGCAGCAACGUCUGUCCCAAACGGCGACAGGAUCCCGAGGCAGUUUGCAAGCUCGAGGCCUCAAUCUUUGGCAGAAGCGGUUUUCAGAGAAAAGAAAGUGAAAGAAGCUCGAGGCACAAGCCUGUUGGGUGGGACGCCCCGGCAGUCCCGGCGAGCUGAGGAGGGCUGGGCCCGGCUCUUUCCCGCCGCUGCUCUGAUUCCCGGGGCUCCGAAGAACUUGCGCAGGGAGUUGCACGUGUACUUCCAGAGCCCGACGAGAUCAGCAGGCGGGGAGCGUGUGGUCGGCUGGGCACCCGGGGCGCGUCAGGCCUCCCGGCGCUCUUCCUCCGGGAGGAUGUCCAGAGAUGAGUUCAGCAAGAAAGAUUAUUUCUCAAUCAGAAAUGUCCUAGCUUCAAUCCACACUGAAGAAGGUCUGAACCUCCAGUUGAUAAGUGGAGAUGUUCUGUACAUCCGGGCCGAUGUCAUUGUCAACACCGUUCCCAUGAAUCUUCAGCUUGGAGGGGGACCGCUAUCUUGGGCAAUUUUGCACAAGGCUGGUCCCAUGCUCCAGAAAGAGUUAGAUGCCACCAGGCAGGAAGCAGAGGAGAAAGUGGGUAGCAUAUUCAUGACAAGUGGCUGCAAUCUGGACUGCAAAGCUGUGCUCCAUGUCGUGGCUCCAGGCUGGGAUAAUGGAGCAGGGACUUCUUGGCAGAUCAUGGCAAAUAUAAUCAAGAAAUGUUUGACAACUGUAGAACAGCUAUCUUUCUCAUCGAUCACAUUUCCCCUGAUUGGAACAGGAAAUUUGCAGUUUCCCAAAGCUGUUUUUGCUAAACUAAUCCUUUCAGAAGUGUUCAAAUACAGUAGCAGAGCAAGGCCGAAAACUUUACAAGAAGUCCACUUUCUGGUACAUGCAGAUGACGAUGAAGGCUAUCAGGCAUUUUUAGAUGAAUUCGCUAAAUGGUCAAGAAGAAAUCCCAACAAGGCCAGGAUUCCCAUGGCUGGAGAUAGCCAAGGUACCUUUGGGACUGUCUCUAAUCCUUGGUUCACAACAUAUGAAAUGAAAAUUGGUGCAAUUACUUUUCAGGUUGCUACUGGAGAUAUAACUGAAGAAAAGGUAGACGUUAUUGUAAACUCAACAACAAGCACGUUUAGUCUGAAAUCAGGUGUGUCAAAGGCUAUUUUAGAAGGUGCUGGACCAGCUGUGGAAAAUGAAUGUGCUAUACUAGGUGCACAGCCUCACAGAGACUUUAUAAUUACACAAGGUGGAGGCUUAACUUGUGAAAUAAUAAUUCACGUUCUUGGGGAAAAUGAUGUCAGGAGAACGGUCACCAGUGUUCUAGAAGAGUGUGAGCAGAGGAAGUACACCUCAGUUUCCCUUCCAGCCAUUGGAACAGGAAAUGCCAGAAAAAACCCAAUCACAGUUGCUGAUAACAUAAUUGAUGCUAUUGUAGACUUCUCAUGGAAACAUUCCACCCCAUCAUUAAAAACAGUUAAAGUUGUCCUCUUUCUACCUGAGCUGCUAAAUGUAUUCUAUGACAGCAUGAGAAAAAGAGACAUCGCCGCAUCACCGACCUUUCAAUCCACAUUCUCCACGACUACAUAUAAUCUUCCUGAACACUGGACUGACAUGAAUCAUCAGCUGUCUUGCAUGGUCCAGCUACACCCAGGACAAUCAGAAUAUAAUACCAUAAAGGACAAGUUCACCCAAACUUGUUCUUCCUACACAAUAGAGAAGAUUGAGAGGAUACAGAAUGCUUUUCUUUGGCAGAGCUACCAGGUAAAGAAAAAGCACAUGGAUAUCAAGAAUGGCCAUAUGAAUAAUGAGAGACUCCUCUUCCACGGGACAGACGCAGACUCAGUGCCACAUGUCAAUCAGCAUGGCUUUAAUCGAAGUUAUGCUGGGAAGAAUGCUGUAGCCUAUGGAAAAGGAACCUAUUUUGCUGUGGAUGCCAGUUAUUCUGCCAAGGACACCUACUCCAGGCCAGACAGCAAUGGGAGAAAGCACAUGUACGUUGUGCGAGUACUUACUGGAGUCUACACGCAGGGACAUGCAGAAUUAGUCACCCCUCCCCCCAAGAAUCCUCACAGCACCACAGAUCUCUUUGACUCGGUGACAGACAAUGCACUAUAUCCAAGGCUCUUUGUGGUAUUCUUUGAUAAUCAGGCUUACCCAGAAUAUCUCAUAACUUUCAGGUGUUAAAAAUAUUUUCACCAUCAAAGAGAUGAUUUAAGUCAUCUGUAAGAACAAUGUGCAGUCUUUGUCUUUGCUUUUGGCUUGUUUAAGCAGACAAAUCUUUUCCUUUCAGGUGCUAACAUGCUGAAAAUUACCUUUUAAAAUGCUCUAUUGCUGCAAUUUGUAGCAUACCUUUUUUUCUGAGCAAAUUGAUGGGUGGAAGCUGAGAAAUGUGUGGCAAAUGUCACAGUUACAGCUACAACUAUCCACAGACACCAAAUCUCUAGGAGAAUAAAAAGCACAUUAUUCUUUUCUAUCAGGAAAAAAACAAGAUACAUCAUCUUAAAGCCAAAAUGACAUUGUUCUUCUUGGAACAUGUUAAGGCCUGGAACUGUGGCAGGUUAAACUGAACUACUUAAGUGGAGAGGCUACUGUUAUGCAUCUGUCACAGCUGGGGAUUUCACCUUAAGAUAAACUUGUCAGUUCAGCUGAAAUGACUGAAUCACAGACUAUUAUCUCAACUCUGUUAUGGAACACAUCAUAACAGAUUUUACCUGUUUACAUUUCAGGUAAAAAUGCAUUGCAUCAUCUAUUGCUACGUAAAAAUUACUCCCAAUUUUAGUGACUUAAUCCCACACAAUCUUUGUGGGUCAGGAUUUCAGGUCUGCCAGGGUGUCUGAAGUUACAGACAAGAUGUGAAGGGAUGCAGUCAUCUGAAGGCUUGUCUGGGCUGGGGGUCUAUUUCCAAGGUGAAUCACUCACAUACCUGCACAUUUCUGCUGCGUACUGGCAGUCCUCAGUUCCUCUCCUCACAGGCCUCUCCACAGGCUGCUUGAGUGUCCUCAUGACACAAUAGCUGGCUUACUCCAGAGUGAGCAACUCAAGAGAGAGCGAGGCAGAAGCCACCAAGUCUUUAUGACGGAAGUCAUACACUACCCAGAACCAGCUUGGUCAGGAGACCCCCACCCAGGCAGGCUGAAGGUAUUUGAGAGGCAGACACUCAGAUAACACAACAGAGUGGACCUAUCCUGAGGACCAACAGCCUGACGGCCUGUGAGGCUGACGGCUUUCCAGGACUGAAGGCCCUGAGCAGCGCUUCAUCCACGUAUUUAGUUCCUCUUUGACAGCUGAUUCUUAUGAAUACACAGGUGUUCUACAUAUUCACGUAACUCAGGAAUAUACCAGGUAGGCAGCUGUUACCCACCUACCACUAAUAACAAACUAAAAGUACCUUCAUUGGGGGAGGGUAAACUUAAUGUUUCUCAACAAUACACCAUCUUUUCCGAAGCAUCCUAUUGAUUACUUGAAUCAGCUUGUUCAAUCCGGGAGGGAAUUGCACAAGGGCAUGAAUACACACUGGCAAGGCUCAUUGGGGGCCAUCUUGGAAGUUGUAUGAUCGAGCAAAUGAAUGCACAAAUAGAACGCUAGCAGUAAAAAUGAUGUUAGAGGUCCCCUACCCCACUGUCCUCUUAUCCUUGUCCCCCAGCCUUCCCCUGCUCCAGGCAAGAAGCCCUCUAACCUCUGCUUGAUCCGUUUCAGCACUCAGCAUCUUGAGGGAACCUGUUCCACUGUGGGACAGCGUUAUUUACUGGAAAACUUUUCUUUCAAAAGUUGAAAUCAGUUCCUCUAUGUCUGUUACCUACUGAUCACUGUCAGACUUAUGGAGGACACAGAAUGAAUUUCAUUCCUCCUACUGAUGGUAGCCUUCAGAUCCAUCCCUUCCCUCCAGUAUAUUAGAGUCAUGUAAAUUCUUAAAAUGCUUAACAGCUCAUUUCUCCUGAAGCAUCACUUUUGAAGAGUUACAGAUAUUUAAGAAGUAUUUACAUUAUUAUAAAUAAAUUACAUGCACAUUGAAAGAGGACAGAAGAGUGGAAAGAAAAAUAACUCGCCAAACUCACUUGUAAUUCCAGCACUACGGGAAAACCACUGGCAAUUUCUCAUGUUCUCCCUUCCAGUUUCUUCUCCAUCCAACUUCAACAAAGUCAAAAUCACAUUUUGUUCAGUCAUGAAUCAUAUAAUAUUUCUAUCAUUUUUCAUUUAACAUUACAAGUUGUUCUCUUGUGGUGUUAGUUUUUCUGCAAACACAGUUUUAAUGGCCAAGUUAUUCUGCUUUGUAUCUUUUCCUUAUUUUUAUGUACAUGGAAUUGCAGUUUUAAAAACUGUGAUCAUCUUAGUUUAAUAAUGUUUUAUUUUGCAGUGUAUCAUUUUCCUCAUGUCAUUAAAUAUUUUACAUAUCAU